UUCACAUGCCACAAGAAUGAGAGCUCUUAAAAAAAUUAAAGCCCGUUUCCUUGAUCCAUAACGUAUUACAGACUAGUAUCUGCAUUAGAGAAAAUGGCAGUACAACUGAUUACACAGAAAAGCUGUAGAAGCGACUGAAAAUGAGUAAUCAAAGCGACGAAGGCAAAAAAGACUUUUAUGUAAAUAAGAAUGUUGUGAAGUGGGAUUUGGAACAAUUGAAAUGUGAGGAAACAAAGGAGGACAGUGUAUUUUUAUAUACUUCCGCAAUAUCAGUUAACGUCUUGAUAUUUGCCUGUGGCAGCGGCUUUGGAUGGACUUCUCCAGUCGUUCCUCUAUUGAAGAACAACGAUCCCGAAAUAAACCCAUUGGCUAAACCAAUAUCACCAUUAGAAGAAUCAUGGAUUGCGUCUUUGUAUUGCCUGGGAGCUUCAAUUGGUCCCUUGUUUGCUGGAAAACUGGCUGAUGUCUUAGGACGAAAGAGAACUUUACUUACGCUUGCGAUACCAAAGUUGGCGUGUCUACUGAUCUUGUCCUUUGCUGCUGACAUCUGGUUAUUCUAUGUUACGAGAUUGUUCAUGGGGUUAGUGGUGGGUAGUGUUUUUGCCGUUGUUCCUAUGUACUUAGCAGAAAUAUCAGAGACCCACAACAAAGGAAGAGUCGGAGCCCUUAUGGUUGUGUUCCUUACUUCGGGAGUCUUGUACGUGUUUCUCAUUGGACCAUACUUGUCCGUAAAAGUUCUUACUCUCUGUUGCGCUCUACCAGUUAUUUUAUUCCUUGUUAUUGUUGGUAUCUUUAUUCCAGAGUCUCCCGUUUUUCUUGUAAGGAGUCGAAGUCAUGAUAAAGCAGUGGAGGCCUUGACAAAGUUGCGAAACAGAAGUCAGGCCCAAGUUCAAGCCGAGAUACUGAACAUAUCUGAAAGACUAGAAUUAGAAGGUAAUGAACGACACGGAGGUCUUUCAUUUAUUUUCAAAGACAAAGGCAUGAGAAAAUCUCUAGUUAUAAGUAUAGGAUUACUCAUGUCUCAACAAUUCUCUGGAAUAAAUGCAGUCAUUGCUUUCUUAGACCCCAUAUUCGAUGCUUCAGGAACUGGUAUUCCCACCAACUUGUCCACCAUUCUUAUUGGUUUUAUUCAAGUUCUGGCUACUAUCGUCACGGCUGCUAUCGUGGAAAAAUUGGGCAGAAAAGUGCUACUUUUAAUUUCAUCAGCGGGAACUUCAAUAUCUAUGGCUUUACUUGGACUUUAUUUCCACUUGCAAGAUGGAAAUGUCACUCUAGGAGAAAAACUUUUUUGGUUACCGAUCGUGUCCCUCAUAUCUUUUAUAAUUGUUUUCAGUUUUGGCCUCAGUGGUUUACCUUGGACAGUUACCAGUGAGAUUUUUCCAUCAAAUAUCAUGUCGAUAGCUUUUUCGUUGGGGUCUUUUUCUUGUUUCAUGUCUUCUUUCCUAGUAACCCUUGGUUUUCCUAUUUUGCUUGAAAGACAUGGAAUGGCGCAUUGCUUUUGGUUUUUCUCUGUGUGUAUGGCAUUGAGCACGUGUUUUAUUUAUUGCUUGAUACCAGAAACGAAAGGUCGAACUUCACUGGAACUUCAGGAAAUAUUGAAAAAAUAAAAAUAGUUUUUUA